AUGCAGUGCCAUUUAGGUCGAGCUGAUAUCUCAAUGAGUGGCACAGUCCUGCAGCCAGAUGGCCCGUGUCAGAUGAUGACCUCUGACCCGGGAUAUAGGACGAAGAAUUUAGAGAGGGGUGCCGGACAGGACAAGCUUGGUAUUUACAUCAAGUCUGUUGUCAAAGGGAGGUGCAGCAGACAUAGUGAGUUUGGCUCGGUUUCUGAUGUUCUUUAUGGGCAAAUGCAGAUGAAGUGUGAUUUCGCAUACUUGCUAGAUGGGCGUCUGGCUGCUGGAGACCAGUUGCUCAGCGUGGAUGGAAGAAGUCUGGUUGGCCUCUCGCAGGAGAGGGCGGCGGAAUUGAUGACACGAACCGGGUCUGUUGUAACGCUCGAGGUGGCCAAACAGGGAGCCAUUUACCACGGCCUGGCCACGCUCCUCAACCAGCCCAUCCCCAUGAUGUCCCGCGACCAAAGAGUGAGGGCUUUGAGCUCUAACAACAACUCUGUGCAGAACGGCUCGCCUGAGAGCCCUCAGGGCACGUGGGACACCUAUCCUGAACCAAAGAAGGAGGACAGGUUGUUGAAGAACCGUGCAGACCACCGAUCAAGCCCAAACGUUGCUAACCAGGCCCAGAGUCCAGGCGGGAAGCCUGUUUACCCAGGAGCACCAGGAAAGAUCACUUCGGUCUCGACUGGUAACCUCUGCCCUGACGAGGAGCCCUCUCCACCCCAUCCAGAGGCGUAUCCCAUCCCCACUCAGACAUACCCAAGGGAAUACUUCACCUUCCCAGCCUCCAAAUCUCAGGAUAGGAUGGGCCCUGGCCAGCCCUGGCAAAACAAUGAACCGGAGCCUCUCCCCCCUAUGGAUAACCACUCUAAUAACAGCAUGGCUAUGCAGCGGGUGGCGCGCUCUCAGGAGGAGCUGUGCGAGAUGCCGGGUGGAUACCCAGGAGAACGCCUGCGUCAGGAAGACCUGAUGCACCUGCAGCAGCAACAGCGUGAUGCCGAGUACCAGCGAGGCAGUGGGGAGCACUGGAACCACCAGACGUCCUCUUCGGUGGAGUCCAGCACCUCCAGCCAAGAGCACCUCAACUACUCGUCGUCUUCCGGCUCCAGGAUCCAAGGCAACCACAAGACCGGCCCUGGCCGCUGGAAGACCCCGAUAGCACCCCACUCCGGCCCCGUGGGUGUCUCCCAACCUUCCCGUUCAGAUCUUCCACCUCCUCCUCCUCCUCCUGUGCACUACGACUACGAGCCACAAACAGACCUGCCGCUCCCUCCACCGCCCUCUGUCACUCAGCAACAGGCAGCGGCCGCCGCAGCCAUGGCUGACCGCAAGAAACGCGAGGAGCAACAGCGCUGGUAUGAGAAGGAAAAAGCUCGGCUUGAAGAAGAGCGAGAGAGAAAGAGAAGAGACCAGGAGAGGAAGCUGGUGCAAAUUCGCAACCCUCCCGGACCAGUCAUGCACAACAACCAGCACGGCCCAUUGCCACCCGCCCCACAGCACCCACAGAUGCCCCAUCCACAGCCUCCCAUGCAGGUGCCCCAACCGUACCAUCCCCCGGUCCAGCUGCCCCAGCCGCCACAGCCACAACCCGCUCGACCUGACAGGCUAUCCAGCCUUCCCCGCCAGCCGCCACAGGACACAGUAAUUCGUGACCUCUUGCCCCAGCAGCAGCCACGCACCAUCGAAAGACGUGACCUGCAAUACAUCACCAUCAGCAAAGACGAGCUGUCCGCCAGCGACAGCCUAUCACCCGACCCCUGGAAGAGGGACGCCCGAGAGAAACUGGAGAAGCAGCAGCAGCUUCACAUCGUGGAUCUUCUAGACAAGGAGAUCCAGGAGCUUCAGGCCAAACCUGAACGCACGGCUGAGGAGAACGACCGUCUGCGCAAACUCAUGCUGGAGUGGCAGUUCCAGAAGAGACUGCAGGAGUCCAAGCAGAACGAGGAGGAUGAGGAGGAGGAGGAUGACGAAGAUGUAGACACCACGCUAAUUAUGCAGAGAUUGGAGGCUGAGAAGAGAGCACGGCAGACUGCUGUUCCAGCAAUCUCUGUACUAGACUUGCUGCAGGACGAGGAGCGGCGACGGAAACAGCAGUUAGAGGAAAUCCGUAAGCGUGAGGCAGAAGAGCGAGCCAAACAGGAGGAGGAGAGACGCUGGAGAGAGGAGGAGAGAGCCAGACGAGAGGCCGAGGAGAAGAGGAGACAGGAGGAAGAGUACUACACCCGCCUGGAGGCAGAGCGGCGCCGGCAGCACGAGGAAGCCGAGCGCAAGCUGCUGACGCCAGACGAGCCUGGUCUGUACAGACCCCCACUACCCCGGGACUACCAGCCCCCUUCUCCCGCAAGCACCCCCGCCACUAACAACAACAGCGCCCCUCCGCCCCCGCCUCAGAGAAACACCUCCUACCUCAAAACCCAGGUCACCUCCCCUGACACCAUAUACACUGCCAAGUUUGUCUCAUACAAUGACGAGGAGGAGGAGGAGGAUGAGGAGGACGCGGGCCUAACAGGUCAGGUUAAGCUCUCGGCCACCCGGAAGUCCUACGGUGACCUUCCGCCCGCCCCAAAGCCCCAGCCGCCGCCAACCGCGCGCAAGCCCCGUCCCGUCUCAGAUGGCAUCUUUCUGUCCAACUCAUUCCAGCUGCCCACAGCGGCCAAUGCCAACAGUACUGCUCCCAAGACAGGGCAGCCCCCUCUCCCUCCCGCCAAACCCAGCCUCAUCCCAUCGGCCAACUCGAAAGGAUUUAAUUCAUACACUGGAAACACUACAGGACUAGGAUCAGGAGAGAUUUACAAAGACCCGCGAGAGAAGUGGACAAAAGGCGGCCCCGAUCAGGAGAACACAAUAGGAGGAGCUCCAGAAAGCCUGACAUUUAAGGAGCGCCAGAGACUCUUCUCACAGGGAAAGGAAGUAUCGAAUAAAGUCAAAGCGUCCCGGAAGCUCAUGGAACUGGAGAACGAACUGAACAUAAAGCAGUAGCGAAGAGCCCUAGCAGAACUAAUUGCCAAUAUGUGACCCAUCCCUGGAGAAAAAAAAAACACAAAACACACCCAGUCAUUUCCAAACCUUCUUUUUGGGUUUCUUUAAAUAACUGGACUAUUAAGUAUCAUUUAGCUGCAAUAAGAGACGAUAUUCCAUAAAUUCCCUUGAAAGAUAUAUUAUAAUAAAGCACUGUAAAUUGUUUUAAUUAUAUUACUUAGAAAACUGAAUUGACAUGGGUGUCUUUUUGUUUGUGAAAUGUUACUCGGAAAAUUACGCAUUCUUUGCUCAUUUUAUUUUUUUUAAUAGGCUGUAAUGUGGGAUAUUUUAUGGUGUUAUUUUAUUCUCUUUCUACUUUUUUUGUUUUGUUUUUUGUUUGUUUUUUGAAAGUAAGUGCCGAUAUACAGUUGUAGACCAAUGUAAACAGCUCUCAGUACAGAAUAGGGGUCUGCAUUGGUCCCCGAAUAUUAUCGAACAGCUCAACAGUAGCGCGUGAACUAAACUUAUAUAGGAGGCUCACGUUUUUUGUCGCACUCUUUAUUUUUUUCUAGCUGGUUCUUCCGCAUUAAUGGAUACACUGGCACCUUUCCGCCAAUUUCGUGUCCUGCAUUAAAAUGAUUUUGCUCCGAAAACGAGCAACCUUGUUAGCACCAUUUGUGAAUAUCCUUUGAGAAUGUAGUCAUUUUUCUUGAUUAUUUUAAUGUACCGUCUUGCAAGUCUGUCAUUCCGUAAAAGCGCUGAGGUUUACCACUUUUAUAAAACGUUUAGGAGUUUUUGCGUUUAAAUGCGAAGUAGCCAGCUGAUGUUGGCAAAGCAAAGGUUGAUGGUAGAAUAAUGUUAAUAAAAGGAGACGAUUUGAAUAAAGAGGUUUUGUUGAAAUGAGACGCAGGAGAUGCAGUUGAUUAGCAGGUAUUUAUUUGAACCUUACUGACAUAGUGACAGAUUAGUUUGUUUUUAUAAGUCUGGAUAGAUUCUGCAGGUUCGUUUUGAUGGAUGAGUGACAAACGUGAGAUUUAAACACAGUAGGCCACUAUCCGUUGUUUGGUUUGUGCAUUAAACGGCUUCCCUCAUCCCACAGUAUUGCAGAUGUUUAUUUAAAUGGAGGAUCCGGUCGUGUCUCUUCAGUUCGAAGCACCUGCGUCUUUUCAUUUAUAGUCUAGACCUGUUGGCGCCCAUGUAAAUAAUUUUCCACACAGACUUUGUAAAUCAAAUGAUGCAUAAGGGUAAUGUCAAUAUCCUUCCUUUUUUGCCACUUUGAGAAACAUAAACUGACACAUACACACCAGUCGUGUUUUCAUUUUAGGUUAAAUAUGAAUUCAUUUGAUUCAUUUUAAUGGUUGUUAAAUAGGCUUUUGUAAAUCAUAAAUAAAUAUGGAUUUUACA